GGGUUUAAGGUUCGAUACUCUAGAGCCCCGUUUUGAGGUUUUUGCUUGGUUAACGAUGUCGGCUUGUGGCAGUGAAAUUGAGCUGAUUCUUUGAGUAGAAUCGUGUCUAAGUCUUUACCGCGCCAUUAGUGAAUCUAGGAAUUUCUCCUCUAGAUGAAGGAGAUUAGGGACGGAAUGGCACUAAUGAUCAUUAUUUUUUCAGAGCACGCAGAAAAAAAGAAGAAAAAAAAAAGCUCAAGGUCAACGGGGAAAUCAAAACCCUUUUCGUCUUUGUUGGGACCGAGAGAGAGCGGUGGUGGGUCCAUUGAUGAGCAAGCUGAGGCAAAGAAAGGAGGGGCAGCAGACUUGAAUUCUGUUGUUGAGAAAGUUGUUCUUGAACAGUUCAAGCAUAGUGGUACAUUAGAAGGAGAUUGUGUUGGCCCAAGCAGUGCUGGCGGAGCAGAAAAUUGCGACAAAACCAUAGUUCGAGGAUUGAGAAAGAGGAAGAACUUGGAAGGUGGGCAUGAGAGACAAAUUCCCCGAAAGCAUUUUGCAGUUCUUGGAGGGAAUUUGAAGCUUAAGCAGCAAAGAAGGGACGGGGACCUUACUAACAGAGAGAAUCUUAAAACU